AGUUCAGGAUGUGCUGAGCUCAGUGAGAGCCUGUUGCUCAUCCCAGCAGCCCCAUCCUCACCAUCACUGUCACCAUGCUCCCAACACACAGCAAGCCAAGGACAGUACACAUCUCCCGCAGCAUGACAUUCAGUGCUUGCCACAGACUGCACAGCAAAUCACUCAGUGAUGAGGAGAACAAAAGGAUUUUUGGCAAAUGCAACAACCCCAAUGGACAUGGACACAACUACAAAGUGAUUGUCACAGUGCGUGGAAAGAUUGAUCCCGUCACAGGAAUGGUGAUGAAUUUGACAGAUCUUAAGAAAUACAUGGAGGAAGCCAUUGCCAUUCCCAUGGAUCACAAGAAUCUGGAUCAAGACGUACCUUACUUUAAAAAUGUUGUCAGUUCAGUGGAGAACGUGUCUGUGUUCAUCUGGGAAGGUCUGCAGAACAGGCUUGAAGAAGGACUUCUCUAUGAGGUCUGUGUCCAUGAAACCGAUGCCAACAGUGCUGUUUACAGAGGAGAAUGAUGUCCACCACCUGAAGGAAGUAUCUAAUCAAAAUACAUCAGGACAUUAUCACUCCAGCUAAGGAAAGCCUCAUUGAAAAUACAGUCCAACAAACGUGGGUCUACCCAUGUAUAAAGUAUGUUGUUUGCUACAACCUUGGUCCUUCAGCUGGUGAUAGACUAAAUGUCCCAUUGGAAGAAACAUUCUAAGGUCCAAACCAAAUGCAGUCCUACUCUAACAAGCUGUGCACAUCUAUGGCUCCAGAUUGCUAUGUCCACCCUGAUCUUUAAUGUAAUAAAUAGUGAAGAAGGUUUAUUUAUAUA